CAUGGCGGCUGCCAUAGAAGAAGCGUGAAUCAUCGCGCGCUUCGGCAACUCUCUGUUGUGUUGCUUCAUCGUCGGCGUACGUGAUCGAAAAUGGGCAAAUUCAAGCAAAGAAAGCACAAGGCACGAGCGGGCAACCCGACGGGACUUCCCAGUGUGCGAGACAUCGACGAAGAGGAGGAUGAAUUGGGCCAUGGAAACACGCGUGUUCAACACUCAGUCGAGGAACUCAGAGAAAUGCUCCAGGGCUGCAACGUGGAAGAACGGGAGUGUGCCGCCUGUGUCAUAGCCAACCUCGCCAAGGACGGAUCCACUUCGCUCGGGAUGCUUCUCGAGGACAGCAUAAUCCGCACGGCUGCUCCUCUGCUGUUGGACAAGAACCUCUCGGUGCGACACUCUGUCACUGGAGCACUCAGGAACAUCAGCGCAAUUAGUCACGACGUAUGCAGCACCCUGGUUGACUACGACGUCAUGACACCCCUGGUGACACUUCUCAAGGAGUACCGUGGAGAGUGGAAACCCUGCCAGGAUCAAGCAAAGAUUGAUUCAAAGUCAGAGAUAUUCUACGAAGCCGUGCAUCUGCUGUGGAAUUUGUGUGAGAGCGGAGAAACAGCAGUGUCUAUCUUCAACCGUGAAAGGCUAUUGGACGUUCUACUUCCCUGCCUAGAUGUUACAAAGUACGGACACAGAAUUGCCAUCGCAGUUGCGCAUUGCCUCCAUGCCGUCUCGGAAGACAACCCCGAGUUGUCGUCUGCCCUGAAGGAAGUGAAGCCAUUCUAUGCCCUCUGUGAGGGCACCUCCAAGGAACCGUCUGCUGUCUUGCUCAAAGUGCUUUCUGCAGGUAUCCUCGUCAACCUUGCGGAAGGAGAUGACUCACCUCAACCGCCUCAGCUGCUGCCCUCUGUCAUCACGAUAGUGGCCGAGGCACUCUCCCUGCCAGUCGUCGAGACAGUCAGCGGGCUCACACAAAUGGUGGCUGAUAUACAAGUACAAAGAAAACAGAAACAUCCCGAUGCACAUGCACUGGAUCAGAGAGAAAGAAGCCUAGAAGUAGAAGUGAACACUCAAUUGGAUUCUCUGAUGGCCAAACAGACAGCGCUGGAAAUCCUCUCCAACCUCUGCUAUGGAGAUGGAGGAUCUGAAGCUGCUGACGACUCAAAUGAGAGCGACGAAAGUUCGGAAGGGUUUGAGGAUGUCAUGGAUGUCGAGGACUCGUCGCAAGUGGUUCCCCUGAACAUGCCGUGCGAGGCUCACGAAGCCAUAGUGAGCAACAAUCUCGUGUGCAAGGUCAUGAACCAUGUGAACCCCAUCGACGCUCAAGUGGAAGCCACCCUGAAAGAGCUCCCUCAGACGGCUGUCAUCCCUAAAAGGGUGAAGGCAGUACAGUGCCGUUCCCUUCUGUGCAUUGCCAAUCUGGUCCAACUGCUGGUGCCUGAGGACCUCGGUGGUGUGUCUGGACUGUGCAGCACGUGGACCUGUCUGGCACAGCUGGCAUUUCUCAGCAAAGGCGCAGAGGACAUGGAACUGUUGGAAUCGAGCACAAGUGCGUGUCGCUCUGUCCUGCAGAGUCUCCUCUCUGCACUGGCACUGCAGUCAAACACUUCUUCCCCAUCAUCAUCAUCAUCCUCCGCGUUGCCAAGCGUGUCAGAGGAGGAGCUUCGGUUGAUGGCCCAGGUUGGCCUGCACUGCCCCGAGGCCUCCGUCAGGCUCAAUGUUGUCCGCAUCAUGGCUUCCUUGGCCUGUCUCUUGAGGGACUCUCAUCCUCCCACUGUGCUCAAGAGAGUAGGACAGUACCUGCUCGAGGUGUGCCUCAAGGACUCUGACAUCGGUGUAGUUGCUGAAGCCCUAGAUGCAGUAUUCGACGUAUUCGGCGAGGACUCCACAGAUUCUGUUGGUAGGGAGAUAGAAUUGGUGCCAAAGCUCAGGCAGAUUUUGCCCGUGUUCAAGACGAAGAUCAACCAGAACAGGAAAAGCCUGGGAAGUCAAUACCCCGUUGUGAUGACAGCAAAGACCAACUUGCUCAGGUUCAUCAAAUACAAGAGCACAACAGGAGUCAAAAACGGCAAAGCAUGAUCGUCUUACAUGGAGUGCUGACCUUUAUCGUACAGAUGAAGCUUUCACACAUUAUGCCUCACUGGUGCAAGCUACACACACAACAUCCGAGCGUCCACCCCCCAGGAGCCAUUCAUUCAUCUCAGACACUUAAAGAGACAGUUUGAACAGCACAGUGUUCAAGUGCCUUUUAAAGCAUGGACUACACCCGUGACGAUAAAUAAGAGCUUCUGUCAAAUAGUAGUUGCAGGAGGGACUCCGGCACUACCGGCUUCAAAUUGCGACAAUAUCGUAAAAAAAUUCUGACAAGAACACGCUUUUUCGUGGUGCAGUAAAACCCCAGCCUUAAACCCCCCUCGAGCUUGAGGGAAACACGAAGAACGACAUGACACGAAGGCUCCCUUGAGCUCAGGGGUUCAUUGUGCCAUGGAUCUUCACCAGCCUAGCCGCGGUUCUCUCACUUCUCCCAAGCCGACAACCUUUUCCUUCAUUUUUUUUUUUUUACUCCUUCUAUAUCAUGAGCGUUCCAUUUGACUUCUUGCUAAGAUGUUCUCAUUUCGGUUGUUAGUGUUAGCACCAGCCAUAUAGAGGAAAAGUGUGCUUGCCGGAAAAGAAGACAGACCCCAAAACAUUAGUCUUGUGCAGUUCGGUUACCCUGGCAUAAAGAAUUCAAAGUUGUGAACGGUAAAGUUUAUAUACGUUGAAAAGCAUAUAUGUGUGGACGAAUGCGUUAAAGCAUUAUUUCUUCUUCUGG